CCCAACAAAAAAAUCGCCUGGAGGAGCGAAGCGAAAGAUAGGGUUGUAGUAGGGUUUUGGGCGUUGAAAAGGGCGCAAGAGAUGAGAUGGCUGCUAUGGACGAACCGGAUCGUCGCCUCCAUUUAUCAACCUCAACCUUCCUCCUGUGAAUUCUCCACCAUAAACCCUAAGCAUCGCCACGCAAUCCUCACUCAACCACACUGAGACGCUCAAUUCCGUAGUCCCGUCAAUUGUUAUCUGCAUGCGCUCGUUGCCGCCGGAACACUCGGAUUCUGCCACUUCGACGGAGCUCUAUUAGCCCCGCCGCUCCUUCCUUUACCAGGCUGAUGGACAUUGAUGGUGCUGAUGAACAUAAGGACAAUGGAACAAAGAAGAAGACUGCAGUCCAAUUACAGUCAUUGGAGACUUUUUAUGCAGAGGAGAAAUAUCCCAAGCAAAACAAAGUGGAAGAAUAUGCGUCCAUACUGGAUUUGACACAUAAACAAGUUCGUAUAUGGUUUGCUGAGAGGAGAAGAAAAGAAAGAAGGGUUUUUGGUGCUUCAAAUGCUUCUAUAAGGAGCUUCCUCAAUGCAGGUUGUAGGGGAAUGGCUGGCACCACUUCUAGACAUGCCAAUAAAAGCAAAAUUGUGACUCAGAAAGGUAGAUAUAAGACAUUAGAGCAGCUUGAGGGGAGCCAUCUUGAUGAAAGAAAAGGCCAUGCUGAAAAAAAAUACUUUGCUGAUCUACAAACAUUGUUCUCUAAGGAUUAUAUUUUAAAGAAAAUUUACCGUAAAGAUGGUCCUGCCCUUGGAAAAGAGUUUGAUCCUCCUGGAAAUGUGUUUGGCCACUGCACAGAUUUUCACAAGCUUCAGUACUCUCACUCUCAUGGAAAUCGUCGGAUGCCCAAAAGGAGUAAGUCAUUGGUGUCUUCUAUGCUCACCUCUAAAGCUUCCAAUGAAAGCAACCCUUUUGCAACAAAGUAUGGCAUGGGCAAGGGUCUUAUGACUGUAUGGCGUGCAACACAACCCAAUGGCCAAAAGCUUCCUGAUGGUGCGAAUUGCACAGCGAGUGGUAAUUGGAUGAGCUUAAGAUCAAAUGAUUCUCACAAGACUACUUUCUCUUUUGUUUCAAGACAGCCUCAGCAGAGAAGAUCAUGCAUGAGGCAUAGUUAUCAGAAGAAGUCACAAGAUAAGAGAAACCAAGUAAGAAAGGUAGCAUCUCAAAAUGUGGUAAAUGCGAAAGAAACUAAUUUAAAGGGCUGCAAACUUUCACUUGAUGAAUCCUCAGAACAACCAAGUGAGCUAAUGGCAUUGAUCGAUGAUGAGGAGUUAGAACUUGAGGAGCUACAGGUAGGACCUAACCCAUUGAGGUGUACUGCACAUCUUGCUUCAAAUGGAAGACAUGGUUGUCCCCUUUGCAAAGAUUUACUGGCUAGGUUUCCUCCACAAAUUGUAAAAAUGAAGCAACUCUUUCAGAUACGCCCAUGGGAUUCUUCUCCUGGACUUGUUAAGAAACUUUUCAAGGUUUUGCAAUUUAUUUGUGGUCAGUCAGGAAUUACUGAAGUAUGCCCCUUUACUAUUGACGAGUUUGCCCAGGCAUUUCAUGACAAGGACUCUUUGUUGUUGGGAAAAAUUCAUGUGGCACUUAUCAAGCUGCUUAUGCUUGAUGCUGAAAAGGAGAUAAACUCUGGAUCUCUACCUCGAGCAUCUAAUGUUAGCAGGUUUUUGGUGUUUUUGAACUUUAUGAGAGAAGAAGGAUUUGAUAUUAAGCAUUGGACACAAUAUCUUAAUUCUCUUACUUGGGUUGAAAUACUUAGACAAGUUCUAAUUGCAGCUGGUUUUGGUUCAAGACAGAAUAUGGCACGGAGAGCAAAUUAUAGCAAGGAAAGGAAUCAAAUGGAGAAGUAUGGUCUCAGUGAACGCACAUUGAAAGGUGAAUUGUUUAGUUUAUUAUCAAAGCAAGGAAGUGUCGGACUCAAAAUAUCUGAUAUGGCCAGAACUUCUCAGAUUGUGGACCUUGGUCUCUCCCAUACUACUGAGGAAGUAGAACAACUAGUAUAUUCAACUCUUUCAAGUGACAUAACAUUGUUUGAAAAGAUAGCACCCUCUGCAUUUCGUCUUCGAGUUGAUCCACAUAUUAAAGGGAGGAUUGAUUCUGAAUCAGACACUGAUGAUUCAGGAAGUGUUGAUGACGAGUCUGAUAAGGUUAGCACAAGUUGUAGUAGUGAUGAUUCUGAGGUGGAUUUGGCAAUUAGGGACCGUUUGAUUGUAAAGUACAAAACUCGUCAUAAAAAAUCAAGCAGGAAGUUAGCUGAAUACACUGAGAUUGAUGAAAGCUAUUCUGGGGAAGCAUGGAUGCAAGGGCUUAUGGAAGGUGAAUACUCCAAUUUAACUAUUGAAGAGAAGCUCGAUGCUUUGGUUGCUCUUGUUGAUCUUGUUGGUGCUUGUCCCAGCGUUAGAAUGGAGGAACAUGUUAGAACCUCAACACUUGUCACUGGCAUACGGUAUCAUGGAUCAGGUGCAAAAAUCAAGAGAAAAAUGUGUAGCCGACAAUCAGUAACAAUGCUAGAGGCUGAUACUCCACUUUGCUCUAUGUCAUUGAACAUAACAACUGCCGAUAAUGUGGACACUGCUAUCAACAGGAGAGGAUGCCAGUUAAGUUCUUCAGGGUCCAACAGCUCUAAAGUCAAGGAAGCCUGUAACAAUGUGCAUCCGAUGCAAUCUAUACUUUUAGGGUCUGAUCGUCGGUACAAUAACUAUUGGCUUUUCCUUGGCCUAUGUAGUGUACAUGAGCCUGGCCAUCGGAGAGUAUAUUUUGAGUCUUCAGAAGAUGGUCAUUGGGAGGUCAUCGAUACUGCACAGGCCUUGCAAGCUCUGUUAUCUAUCUUAGAUCGCAGAGGUAUUCGCGAAGCUCGUUUGCUUGCUUCUUUAGAGAAGAGAAAAUCAUCUCUUUAUCAAGCAAUGAAUGAGUAUACGGUUGAUUCUGUUGGAAGCAGACAGAUAAAUAUAUUGCCAGAGUUGGAUGCUACUAGUACAGAUGGAUCGUCUCCAACUUCGGACGUCGAUCAUGUUCUACUUCCUGCUGAGUCAAAUGGUUUAUCAGUUGGUUCUGGCGCUAUAGAUCUUGAAAUUGGCAAGACUAAUGAUGAAAAAAAGCAAAAGUGUGACCGAUUGCGAUUGUAUGAUAAAUGGGUUUGGGAUUCCUUCUACUCGACUCUGAAUGCCACAAGGUAUGGUAAGAGAUCAUAUAUGGAAUCACUUAUUCACUGUGAGAGUUGUAAUGAUUUAUUCUGGAGAGAUGAAAAACAUUGCAAGAUUUGCCACACUACCUUCGAGAUAGACUUUGACCUCGAAGAAAGGUAUGCAAUACAUAGAGCAACUUGUAGGGAGCCAGAUGAUGUCGGUGACUUUCCGCAGCACAAAGUUUUACCUUCACAGUUGCAAGUGCUCAAGGCUUCAAUUCAUGCAAUAGAGGUAAGCAUGCCAGAAGCAGCAUUAGCAAGUACAUGGAGGGCAUCAACUCAGAAGCUUUGGGUCAAGCGGCUUCAACGAGCAUCAUCACUGCCAGAACUUUUGCAGGUUCUCACUGAUUUUGUUAGUGCCAUGGUUGAGGAGUGGCUGUGUGAAUGUGCCACCGCCUCUAGUCCUAAUGUAGAUGUAGAUGAUCUCUUAGUACACUUCCAGACUAUGCCGCAAACCAUUUCUGCCGUUGCACUUUGGAUUGUCAAGUUGGAUGCUCUAAUUGCUCCAAGACUAGAAGUCAUUUAUGCUGAAAGAAGUAAAGCACUUGUAUCCCAACCGAAAAGAAGACGGACGUGUACUAACCGUUGAGACCAUAUUUUCUUUUAACACUUUACCUCAAGGAGAUCGAAGGAAUCAGAAAUGAGAUUUAAGGGAAACUUAUCGACGAACUGAAACUGAGAUCAUUUGUUCAUUACUCAUUCAUAUUCAAGUUUCUCCUUUUGUUUUUGUUCAGUGUUUUUGUGCCAAUGUGAUGAUCGAUCCUCGACGACAACAGUUAGAAGCUGCGUUGGCAUUUUUUUUUUUUUUGUUGUUGUUGGAAGAGGCCUUUUGGUUGGUUUUUCCUGGAAUAAAUGGUUGGCCUGUCACCUUAUGGAAAGGGAUGCUUCUUGUGCUCAUUUUGUAAAUUAUUUUACUUCAACUUUAAUCAAUCUUCUUUACUGUCUCA